GAGUGCAGGGGGAGGGAUCAAAUGACGGACUGGAAUGGGAUUAGAUCGGAGGCUUUGGGAAAGGGUAUAGUUCCAGAGGCAUUCCGGGUGAUUGUGAGUGAUCGUGGUCCCGAAUGGGUGCCGCCUGACCCCGGGGGUGUUACGCGCCUGGUGGAAUUUAUGGAUAAAAGAGGCCUGAAAUCGCCUCUGACAUUAAAUGCACUACAAACUUUGGCUGCACUGGGGCCUCUCUUCCCCCGUGACAUCACAAACUUAAUGCGUACGGUGCUCAGGCUGGUUCAAUAUACGUUAUGGGAGAUGGACUGGGUGGCCGAGUUGGGGGGCCGUGCCGGGGCGACAGGGGUCGGCCCGCGCCGCUCCCUGCAUGGGACCGGAAUACAGCGGCUUUCAGGGAAGGCCGUGGGAGUGGCUUCGCCCCAGGGCCAGCUAGCGAGACUAAGGCCAGGGGAGCUAAUAGCAGCCACAGGUGCAGUGGUGGAAGCGUUUAAUAAACUUGUGCAUAAGGCCGAACCACCUACUCCGUGCACAGAUAUUACCCAGGGCCCGAAUGAAUCCUUUCAAAGCUUUACAGACAGGCUUUUAGCUGCUGCAGAGGGGUCUGAUCUCCUGGUACCGGCCCAAGGGCCAGUGAUCAUUGACUGCUUGCAGCAGAAAUCGCAUGACAAUGUUAAGGCAUUGCUGCGAGCCGGCCGAAGUACGCUUAAUACCUCGGGAGCCGGCCGAAGUACGCUUAAUACCUCCGGAGAAGUUAUUCAGUAUGUCUUAGAUAAGCUCAAGGUGGCUCAUUUAACUAAUGAAAGGCUAGUCACAGCUAUUGUCGUAGCUGUUGGCCUGCGACAGCAAAGAUCGCUGCAGCAUCAAGGGCUGUGUUUCCGAUACGGCCAGUAUGGCCAUGUUAGAGCACAAUGCCCCUGUGGGGGAGGCCAGUCAGGGCCUCCUGAUCACAGGAAGGGAUUGCUAAAGGGUAUCCGUGGUCGGGUAUGCAGCAGUUAAAUAUCAUGAAUCUGGGAAAUUCUGUGGGUACCAUCGCGAAAAGUAAUACCAGAUAUAAGUAGCAUAUCUGCAAAAACUGAGUCUAGGUGCGAGUUUUCUACAGAAAUUCUUCGUUGGCAGACCGAAGCCAACUCCAGAACAACUGAGGGACAGACGAUGGGAUCAAGAACCACUCGUCAAGAGGAGCACUACACCUGCAACGCUGACACUUCCGAUGUUGCUGAUAUUUAUGGUGUCCAUGGCGAUUACAGAGUGUCACAAACAACUACAAUGGACACAAGAACAUAUGCAGAAAAUUAAAGAAGAGCGUGAUCCCUUUGGAAGCUGGCUGGACGGACUGUUUGGGGGAACGGGUUCAUGGUUAAAGCAAUUGCUUAAAGCUCUCGCAGUAGGAUUUGUAAUCUUUGUGUGUAUUCUAAUCUGUCUUCCAUGCUUUGUAGGAUGCUUGCAGAACUGCCUUCAACGAAUGAUGGACAAGACUUUUGACUAUCACAUUGAGUAUCAUAGAUUGCGUGAAAAAUUAUAGAGGGGUUUAGGUUGUUGCGUUCGUGCUGUAACGGGGCAAGGC